GCUGCGCGCCGCCGUCUGUCGCGACUUCCCCCUGUCGCUGUCGUCUCCUCUGACACUACCACCGCUACCGGGAUUACCAAUGCGCGCCGUGGCGUUGCUCGUCGCUCUGGCCGUGCUCGCAGCCCGCCUCGCCGCCGCCUCGUCGCCCAACGGCACCCAGCCCGGCCCGCGGGAGGCUGAGGCCCGCCAGGGGGAGGCUGUGUCCGGCCCCGACUACGAGGAGGAGGAGGACGAGGAGGCGCUGCCCGUCCACCAGUACAUCGUGGAUGACUUGAUCCGAGUUGAACCUGUGGUUAAGCCCAAGUCAACAAAGAGAGGGGGUGAGAAGAAUGCUGGCAAACUGAGAAGGAAGAAGAACAAAGGGAAGAACAAAAAGAAAGGAACUCCCUGUGAAAUGGAAUACAAAAACUUUUGCAUCCAUGGUGAAUGCGUAUACCUAGAACAUCUCCAGAUGGUGACCUGCAAGUGUCAUCAGGAUUUUUUUGGUGAGCGCUGUGGUGAACAGUUCAUGAAGACUCAAAGGAAGAAUGAUGUGGCAGACUACUCCAAGACUGUGUUGGUAGUGGUAGCUGUCCUGCUCUCAAGCAUCAGCUUUGUUACUGUACUUAUCGUUGUGAUAGUGCAGGUCAGGAAAAAAUGUCCGCAAUAUGAAGAGAAAGAAGAAAGGAAAAAACUUAGGCAAGAAAACAGAAAUGGACAUGUUGGUGUGUAAAUGAAGAAAAAGCAGAACAAUUCUGCUGUGGCCACUGCCAAGCUACAGGGUACCUCUGGCUACCUGCCACAUCCACCUGGACACUGGGGGCUGGAGUUGUUGCCACUAAGCCCUGACUCAUCAAAACGGAGGCUGCUGCACAGAGAUGCCCAACAUGCCACUUGCUGCUGAACCACUUGCUGGGGAACAGUUGCCACUCCACUUUGUACAACAACAUGGAGGGAGCUGCCACUGCAGGGGCAGAGGACUUGCUAUCAGGACCUGCUGGAGACUGCUGCUACUGAGCUUUCUCUACCAGUGCUGGACCUCCAGUCUCUGCUGUUUUGUGGAUGGACUUUUUUCUGCCAGCAAGUCUCCUUUGGCAGCUCUGAGGAGAAAUUGUGGUUUCAGGAAAGUGAGGUGACGGGGAGGAUGUUCCCUUCUCUCUCCCCAAAGUUAGAGAAGAGCUUAUCUAACUAGGCCUCAGUGGACAAAACUAAUUCUGCUCUUGCUGUGCUCCCUGUUGAUAUUGGCUUCAAACAAUUUCAUCUCUAGUUCUGACUUGCAGGGUGUUGGUAACAAAUCUGUUAGCCACACCUGGGUUCUGUUACUGUAUGUGUGGAAGGUAAUCCCUCUGAGUUCAGUAGAACUUGCUGUGUGAGUGGAGCUAUCCAUCUGUGUGUGUGCUAGCCAGAGUUAAUACUAGCCUCCUCAGGAUGCUGAGAAAAGUAAGAUCUGAAGCUCUGUCCCUGAAGGAAAACAAUGCUUGAAAAAGCAAUAAGCCUGGGCACUCCUGUUGUGGUGUCUGUCCAUUGGCUACAAGCACAUCUGUUAUCCAGAUGUUGGAUGCUGCUUUGAGCAGCAUUGAAGUCAAGUGAUGCAAAUCGGAUUCAGCCAUUUGACAACUCAGCCAAGAACCUGUUCCUUUGAAGAAAGGAAUUGAUGCACUGAUACUCAGCAAGUGGUGGUCUCCUGUGCUCUACCUCCUGGUGUGAAGAACUCUACUUACCUCAAACUUUUCUGACCCAAGUACCCUCAGUUUCUUGAAUGCCCAUGCAAUCUUGAGCACAGAGUAUUAUCUGAGUUCAGUUUCUUCUUGAAAGACUGUGUGCACUUUCUAAACAUCAGAAUUCUUCUGGUAGCACAGCAAUGUCAUUAAUUGUCAAGUUAUAUCUGUAAAUGUGUACAUUUAUUGUAUUUAAUAUUUAAUGUUUCCAUAACAAACUUAUUUAUUUUAUAAUAAACUUUUUUAUAAUCUUA